AAACUCUCUCAGGCUAGCCCGCGCUGCAGCCGAUCGAGUACGUGCGAUGGCGUCUUCAGACUCCAAUGUCCUCCCUCACAUAGCAAUCUUCCCCUUCAUGGCCAAGGGCCACACCAUACCGCUCAUCCAGCUCGUCCACCACCUCCGCCGCCUCGCCACGGUCACUUUCUUCACAACCCCCGGCAACGCCGCCUUCGUCCGCGAGGGUCUGUCCGUGUCCGGCGCCGACGACGACACGGCAGCAGCCGUCGUCGAGCUCGUAUUCCCAACGGACGCCCCGGACAUCCCGCGGGGCGUCGAGAGCGCCGAGGGGGUCACGUCCAUGGCCUCCUUCGUGUCCUUCGUCGACGCCGUCUCCCUGCUCCGGCCGCAGCUCGAGGCGUCCCUCGCCGCCAUGCGGCCCCCCGCGAGCCUCUUCAUCGCGGACGCCUUCCUCUACUGGGCGAACGCGUCCGCGGCCGCGCUCGGCGUCCCCAAGGUGUCCUUCUUCGGCAUCUCGGCGUUCGCGCAGGUCAUGAGGGAGCUGUACUACCGCCACGACCCGUGCGGCGCCGCGGCCGUGCUGCGGCGCGGCGACGUCGACGGCGACGGCAACCCGACGACGUUCACGGUUCCGGAGUUCCCGCACAUCAAGCUCACGUUCGAGGAUCUCAUGGCGCCCUACGGCGACGACCCGUCCUCGGCCGCCAGGAUGACGGAGCUGGACGGCAAGCUGGGGAAGGCUAUCUACGGAAGCCAAGGCCUGAUCGUCAACACUUUCCACGGCCUGGAGGGCCCGUACAUGGAGUUCUGGAACCAGCAAUUCGGACCCACGGGCUGGGCCGUCGGCCCGCUCUGCCUCUCGCAGCCCGCGGCCGACGCCCCGCGGCCAUCAUGGAUGGAGUGGCUGGACGAGAAGGCUGCCAGCGGGCGGGCCGUGCUGUACGUCGCCCUUGGGACGCUGGCAUUGAUUCCUGAGGCGCAGCUCAGGGAAGUCGCAAACGGGCUGGAGCGAGCCGAGGUGGACUUCAUAUGGGCCGUCAGGCCGGCGAACAUCGAGCUCGGCCUCGGCUUCGAGGAGCGUACCAUGGGCCGAGGCUUAGUGGUAAGAGAGUGGGUGGACCAGCCGGAGAUUCUGCGGCACCGGAGCGUGAAAGGCUUCUUGAGCCACUGCGGGUGGAACUCGGUGCUGGAGAGCGUCACGGCUGGCGUGCCAUUAGCGGUUUGGCCCAUGCAAGCGGAUCAAGCUUUCAACGCGAGGUUUGUCGUCGACGAGCUGAAGAUCGCGGUUAGAAUCAACACGAGUGAUAGGACGAUGCGUGGUUUGGUCACGAGUCAGGAGAUUUCAGAAGUUGUAACAGAGCUCAUACUAGGUGGAAUGGGAGCUGAAGCGGGGAAAAACGCUGCGAGGUUGUGCGUGUUGGCAAAAGAGGCUGUGGCGGAGGGAGGAUCGUCGUGGAAAAUAGUCGAAGAGAUGAUUGGUGGCCUGUGUGCAAGCAAAACAGAGACGGUCUUCAAGGAAAGUCAGGAAGAUCCUACGGAUGUUUAGUUACAACUGUUUAUCUUUGUGGGAAAUCAUUUGUUAUAGAGCUCCGCAGCUCGGCGUCGAAUAAUUUCAGUAUUUUGUAUGUUAUGCAUCUUCUUUCUUGAAAGGAAGACAAUGGCAUCAAGAAUAAUUCUCAACUGUGAGACAUUACAUCUAUUGGAGGAUUUGUCACAA